AUGCUUCGCCUGACGCACUCGGCGAAGCGCCGCGUGCCGCUGUACAAGGCCAGCGGCAACCGCCUGCUGGUGGCCGCGCGCGAGAAGUUCGAGGACGGCUCGCGCUUCCACGGCGUGUCGUUCGGCGCCAAGAAGUCGAUGGCCGGCGAGGUCGUCUUCACCACGGGCAUGGUGGGCUACCCGGAGGCGCUCACGGACCCGUCCUUCAAGGGCCAGAUCCUUAACAUGACCUUCCCCAUGAUCGGCAACUACGGCGUGCCCGACACCAAGGCGCUGGACGAGUUCGGCCUCAACAAGAACAUCGAGUCCGACCGCAUCCACGCCGCCGGCAUGAUCGUGCAGGACUACUCGAACCACCACAGCCACUGGAACGCCGCGCAGUCGCUCUCCGACUGGCUCGAGAGCGAGGGCAUCCCCGGUAUCGCCGGCAUCGACACGCGCGCCAUCACCAAGAAGAUCCGCGCGCACGGCGCCAUGGCCGGCCGCAUCAUUGUCGAGGGCAGCGACAAGCCCAACCUCGUGGACGUCAACGAGGCCAACCUCGCCUCGCUCGUGUCCACUAAGGAGGUCAUCACGUACGGCAAGGGCAACCCGCUCAAGAUCCUGGCCGUGGACUGCGGUAUCAAGUACAACAUCAUCCGCGAGCUCGUCAAGCGCGGCGCCGAGGUCAAGCGCGUGCCGUGGAACCACGACAUCUCGUCCGAGAUCGGCUGGUACGACGGUCUCUUCAUCUCCAACGGCCCCGGCGACCCGGCCAUCAUGAAGGAGACUACGGCCCAACUCAAGAAGGCCCUGGAGUUGCAGGGCGACAACGUCAAGCCCAUCUUCGGUAUCUGUCUGGGCAACCAGCUGCUCAGUCUUGCCGCCGGCGCCAACACGUACAAGCUGCCGUUCGGCAACCGUGGCCAGAACCAGCCCGUGCACAACCUCAAGACCGGCCAGAGCUACAUCACCGCCCAGAACCAUGGUUACGCCGUGGACGGCAAGACCCUGCCCAGCGACUGGGAGGAGCUGUUCGUGAACCUCAACGACGGCACCAACGAGGGUAUCAUCCACAAGUCCAAGCCGUACUUCACGGCGCAGUUCCACCCGGAGCACGCUGGCGGCCCCACGGACACGGAGUUCCUCUUCGACACGUUCCUUGAUGCCGUGCGCACCAAGGAGAAGGGCCCGAUCAAGAGCCUGGUGCAGCGCCCACACAUCGAGCGCCCGAAGGUGAAGAAGGUACUGGUGCUCGGAUCCGGUGGUCUGUCCAUUGGCCAGGCCGGUGAGUUCGACUACUCCGGCUCGCAGGCCAUCAAGGCGCUGAAGGAGGAGAACAUCGAGACGAUCCUGAUCAACCCCAAUAUCGCCUCCGUGCAGACCAACAUUGACCGCUCGAGCGAGGCUCAGGCCAGCAAUGUGUACUACCUGCCGGUGAACCCCGAGUUCGUGGAGCAGGUGAUCAAGCGCGAGCGCCCCGACGGUAUCCUUAUCUCGAUGGGUGGCCAGACCGCGUUGAACUGCGGUGUGGAGCUUGACAAGCGCGGCAUCUUCAAGAAGUACGGCGUGCAGGUCCUGGGUACGCAGAUUGACGUGAUCAACUACACGGAGGACCGUGAGCUGUUCAACGACAAGCUCGCGGAGAUCAACGAGAAGAUCGCCCAGAGUGAGGCCGUCGAGUCCGUGGAGGACGCCGUGAAGGCUGCGUACAACAUCGGCUUCCCGGUGAUGAUCCGUUCUGCGUUCGCGCUGGGCGGUCUGGGCUCGGGUAUCUGCGAGGACGAGGCUCAGCUGCGCAAGAUGGCCAAGCAGGCCUUCUCGGGGAGCCCUCAGAUCCUGGUGGAGCGCUCCAUGAAGGGCUGGAAGGAAGUUGAGUACGAGGUCGUGCGUGAUGCCGCCAACAACUGUCUGACGGUGUGCAACAUGGAGAACUUCGACCCCCUCGGUAUCCACACGGGCGAGUCGAUCGUUAUCGCUCCUUCGCAGACCCUGUCGAACCGCGAGUACCACAUGCUGCGUGAGACUGCCGUCAAGGUGGUGCGUCACCUUGGCAUUGUCGGCGAGUGCAACAUCCAGUACGCGCUGAACCCCGAGUCCGAGGAGUACUGCAUUAUCGAGGUGAACGCUCGUCUGUCGCGUUCGAGCGCUCUGGCGUCGAAGGCUACAGGCUACCCGCUCGCCUUCGUGGCCGCCAAGCUUGCUCUGGGCAUCAACCUUCCGGACCUGAAGAACUCGGUGACCAAGAGCACCACGGCUUGCUUCGAGCCGUCGCUUGACUACUGUGUUGCCAAGAUGCCGCGUUGGGAUCUAGCCAAGUUCGACAACGUCAGCACUGAGAUCGGUUCGUCCAUGAAGAGUGUUGGUGAGGUGAUGUCGAUUGCCCGCACCUUCGAGGAGGCCAUUCAGAAGGCUAUUCGUAUGGUGGAGCCUUCGAACGAGGGUUUCGAGCAGCGCUUCGACGAGUUGCCGCACGAUGAGCUGGUGAAGGCUCUGAGCAAGCCCACGGACCGUCGUAUCUACCAGAUCGCGCAGGCGUUGAAGACCGGCCAGCUGUCCAUCGAGCAGGUGCACGAGAUCACCAAGAUUGACACUUGGUUCCUGAGCCGUCUGCAGGCCAUUGCCGACUGCGACGUGAACCUGACUGGCAAGAACGUGAACGAGGUGACCGCUGCUGAAAUCACCCAGGCGAAGAAGCUCGGUUUCUCGGACCGUCAGCUUGCUCGCAUGUUCAGCUGCACGGACGACGAGGUGCGCGCCAAGCGUAAGGAGCUUGGCAUUGUGCCGGCCGUGAAGCAGAUUGACACGCUUGCUGCUGAGUACCCGGCUCAGACGAACUACCUGUACAUGACGUACAACGGUACGGAGCACGAUGUUCCUGCUCAGGACCCGAACGACGGCGUGAUGGUUCUUGGCAGCGGUGCCUACCGUAUUGGUAGCUCUGUCGAGUUCGACUGGUGCGCUGUGAGCUGCAUCCGCACGCUGCGCAAGCUUGGCCACCGUGCUGUCAUGCUCAACUACAACCCCGAGACGGUGAGCACGGACUACGACGAGUGUGACCAGCUGUACUUCGAGGAGCUGUCAAAGGAGCGCGUGAUGGACGUCAACGACCGUGAGGGCGUUCAGGGCGUGGUGGUGUCCGUGGGCGGACAGAUCCCGAACAACCUCGCGCUUCCGCUGCACAAGGCCGGCGUGAAGGUUAUGGGCACGCACCCGACGAUGAUCGACAGCGCCGAGGACCGUUACAAGUUCUCGAAGCUGAUGGACGAGGCUGGUGUGCCUCAGCCGGCUUGGAAGGAGCUGACGAGCCACGCUGACGCUCGCGAGUUCGCUGAGCGUGUCGGCUACCCCGUGCUGGUGCGUCCUUCGUACGUGCUGAGCGGUGCUGCCAUGAACGUUGCGUACAACUUCGAGGAGCUGGACAACGUCCUGAACCAGGCCGUUGCGGUGUCUGCGGACCACCCCGUCGUGAUCACCAAGUUCGUGGAGGGCGCCAAGGAGCUGGAGUUGGACGCUGUUGCCAAGGAUGGCAAGGUGAUUGCCGCUGCCAUCUCGGAGCACGUCGAGAACGCUGGUGUUCACAGUGGUGACGCCACUCUGGUGCUGCCGCCUGUGGAGGCCAGCUCGUUCUACACGAACCAGAUUAAGCGCAACGCCGAGAAGAUCGCCAAGGCGCUGAACAUCUCCGGUCCGUUCAACGCGCAGUUCCUGGCCAAGGGCGCUGAUGUGAGCGUGAUUGAGUGCAACCUGCGUGCGUCGCGUUCGUUCCCGUUCGUGUCGAAGACCACGGGCGCUGACUUCAUCAACGCCGCCACCAAGGUCAUGGUUGGCGAAUCGACGGAGAACGACAACCUGCCUCCUCUUGACGGCCCCAAGCGCCCGGAGGGCUACGUCGGCAUCAAGUCGCCCAUGUUCUCGUACACUCGCCUGGGUGGCGCUGACCCGCUGCUCGGCGUCGAGAUGGCUUCGACGGGCGAGGUGGCUUGCUUCGGCAAGAACCGCCACGAGGCGUUCCUGAAGGCGCUGAUCUCAUCGAACUUCAAGCUGCCGGAGAAGAACAUCCUGCUGUCCAUGCAGGACAAGUUCUCGGAGGAGUUCGUGCACGCUGCCUACAAGAUGCACGAGCUGGGCUACAACCUGUACACGACGGAGAAGACGCACGCGUACCUGAAGAAGUACGACAUCCCGUCGACCAAGGUGGACUUCCCGUCGGACGGCGACAGCGAGAACAACGCGCUGAACCUGAUCAAGGACGGCAAGAUCGACCUGGUGGUGAACCUGCCCAACAACCAGAGCCAGCAGACGGAGAACAACUACCUGAUCCGUCGUACCGCGGUGGACUUCUCCAUCCCGCUGCUCACGAACAUCAGCCUGGUGCAGCUUUUCGUGGAGGCCAUGGCCGUCCACAAGAGCAAGCCGAUGCUCGGCCUCGAGCCGGACAGCCUGUUCGACUACUACAAGCGCGAGAAGGAGGAGGAGGCGUGGACGGACGUGCACGAGUUCCACUAAGCGCACCAGCAAGAGACCAUGAAAAAUGAGUCGAGUAUUUCGUGGAGAGCGCUAAGAAGCAUGUCAUCAACACGAUUAUUUUUAUCU